CAUAUAGAAUAGAAUGUGCAUAUACAAUGUUGGGGUAAUGGGCCAACUCUGGUCUAAAUCCCAGUUCCCAUGACAUGUCACACUUAUAACCUGACAUACAGAAGACAUAUUUUAGUAAUAUGAUGGCUUUACCUAACCUAAAGUAACCUCGACCUUUAGUUAUCUGACAUAUAGUAGCCUUGACCUCUAACAACCCCACAGUAAGUGAACCGUGUCAGAUGGGAUGUAGCGGUUUAAGUUUCUGCAGCAACUUUAAUAAUAGACCAACAUCUUUGUUUCGAAGUUGCAACGCAUUCAGUGAUGAGAUCGCUAGUGACGACUUCAGAUUAUGGUCGGACGGCGUCAUCCGCACACCGUUUGCUGAGAUCCCGGUUCACAACAUUAAAACUUGCCAACCAGAACAAUGGAAAGCUGUGGCUUGUGCUCUGCAGAUUAAACCAUGUAGUCGUCGUACUGGAGAGAGCAUCAUAUGCAGAUCUGAUUGCUUACAAUUAUUAUACAAAUGUGCCGACUUCUCACGAUUUCCAGCCAGAAUGACGGUAGCGGAGUUAUGCGACCUCAUGUCCCCUGCCGACCAACAGACAGACUGCAUAUCUAUUUCAACCUACACAAGACCAAGUCACGUGGUGAAGGAAAUGACGUCAAACGUCACUCAACCAUGUCUUUCCAAUCCUUGCCCUGAAGGUGAAGUUUGCGUCAUCAAUAGAUCGCCUUGUGACAUCACAGAGAGUUGUCCCACCUACCACUGUCUACCAGGUUUGUUCUAACGGAUGACGCAUGACGCAAGCCAUUGGAAAUCUUUCUUUUUAACGCAUCACGC